CUAUUUUAAGUUGCCCGUAGCGAUAUUUUUUAAGCCACAAUGGUUUGGCGCGAGUGGAGACCUUUACUGUGGCCCGAGAGCAAAUCUCGCGCGGCGCGUAAAUCUCAACGUAAACAAUUGAUCAAAGGUGACCAAACCACAACACUCAUAUAUCUACGUUUAUCACGCCAUGCCAUUCACUAAGCGCCAGAAGAACGAAAUUAUCCGCCGCUACAAACGAAGCGCGCGCGCACGGCUCCAGAAACUCCGCGACCAAUUCGAGCUGGAGGGCAACAUUCUCGAGAUGAAAGUCGCCACGAGAUUAGUCAAGACGGUGCCGCGGCCGCUCUGGGAUGUCAAAAUGAAGGAUGUCAUCGAGUUGGAGCGCGAUCAGCGCCUUUCCCUCAAAUCGCUUCUCUCCGACAUCCAGCAGUUGCGCCAGAUACCCUCCGACACGUCGAAUUCUGUCAGCAACAAGAGUCUCGGGUUGAAGGAUAUCAGCCGGCUUCCGGAAGAGCCCAACGAGAGCAUUGAACGGAUGAAGUUGCAGCUUCGAAAUAGGAUCAAAAACCGGCAGUCUAUGGGGAGCACCAGUACAGAGAUGCGAUGAGAUUUUUUUGGGGCUUUUUGAGGUUCUUUGGUGGAGAGCCGCAAGCGGAUAGGCUGAAGCUGACAAGCCGCAGGGGAUGGGCUCGCGGUUUUGUGCCUGGGGCCCAGGAGUGGUAUAAAAGGAUCUGAUAAGGGUUUAAAGCUCUGAGAUUUCAUGCCCUUCUACAAUUUGCUAGCCUUUGCAAUGAAGCUGGCAAUGAGAACUAACUCGUUCAUGAGGGUUCCCGACCGAGUCCACACCCAGGAGGUCCAUCACAGAACGCCACUUAGUGAUGUUGCUGAUGCAAACUCUCGGACUAUCUCCCGGGUACCGCUCACUCGUAG